AUGGCGGCACAGUGGAAAUGAGGAGACCUUCUUUAAUUCAAAAUUUGCUUGUUUUAUUGAUUUAGGUCCUGCAGAUGAUCAAGUUAUGAAUCCCUCUGGACCUGGUGGUGGCUUUAGACCUGUAAAGCCAACGUUAUGUCGAUAUUUUAGCGCGAAUGGAUAUUGUUUUUAUGGCGAUCAGUGCCAGUUUCUGCACGCGAAGUCAGCGAAUGAAAACAGACAAGGAAAUGCCCCAUUCCAUAGAAGUUCAUCAACACCUGUAUUUCCGUCAAGUAAUGGUCCUAUUGGAGCACAGGGACACAGAGUGUACAAAGGCAAUAAUGCCAUGAACCAGCAGGCACAAGAAAAUAUGAUUCACAAUUUUUCUGGUCUGUCUUUCUCAGCAAAGGGUCAAGUUCCUCAAAGUAAUGCAAUGGCACAAAUGCACAACAGCCAUGUUUCACCUCUUUCUCCUACAAAGAAGUCUUUCAGCUCAUCAUUAGCCCCUGGUGGCCCUAUAUCACCUUUACAUUCACCYAAACCAAAUCAACCUAAACUAAAGUCAAUGCAGCUUCAACCAUCCUCRUCUUCUUAUGAAUUUCUUCCAAACACAACAAAUCAACAUCAGCAGCAGCAGCAGCAACAACAGCCUUUUAACCCUGAGUCUAUUGAUGGCACUAUGUACUUCUACCCACAGCAGAACCACAAUCAACCAUCAGUGGUGUUACCAUCAUACCAUGCAGUAGUUAGUGAACCAGCACAUCUGGCUCAUUUACAAAAUAACCAAACAAGAAACAAUGCUUUCUCAAUGUCAGCUCAGCUGAGACAGGAGCUAAUGAACCAACAUGCUCUAAGUAUGGCACAACUAGACUCUGAUGACCCAAGUGUCCCCAAAGAAGUAGACAGCUAUCACUCUCUCUGUCCGUUGGAACCUCUUGAUACACCACCAGAUCAGGGACAAAGGACGUUUGGAUACACAACAACUUGUUACAAAGCUGUCAAUAGCAAAGAUGGGCUGCUCUAYGUACUGCGAAGGGUCAAUGGUUACCGAYUAGUGAAUGCAAAAUCAAUGGUUGUGGUUGACCAGUGGAAGAAAAUAACUCAUUCRAACAUUGUUAAUUUACGCGAAGUUUUCACAACCAAAGCUUUCAGCGAUAGUUCUCUUGUGUUUGUGUACGACUACCAUCCUGGUGCUGAAACUCUGCUCAGUAGACAUUUCUCAGGACCUGACUCCACACUACCUCUCAACCCAGAUGGAUCUCUGGCCUUCCCAAGACCUGGAAUGCCAGGUCCAAGUGGUAGAUCAAGACAUGGGGGUUUGAUGCCAGAAAAGCUAAUAUGGAGUUAUAUCAUCCAGCUAUCGUCAGCUCUGAGGGUUAUCCAUUCGGCAGGGUUGGCUUGUAGAAUGAUCGAUCCUUCAAAGAUACUUCUAAUUGGAAAUUCCAGAUUAAGAAUAAAUGGUUGUGGUAUUUUUGACAUUUUAAGUUUUGAUCCUGGGAAUAGCCCUAAUGCUAUUGCUCCACAUUUUCAACAAGAAGACUUAACAUCAUUAGGUAAGCUGGUUCUUGCCUUAGCUAGUUGCUAUUCCUUACAGUCAAUACAACGUGAACAUAUACAACAAGCACUGGAAUAUGUAGCAAUGAACUACUCUGCUGACYUAAAGAACCUUAUCAUCUAUCUACUGGGAAGUCCACCACCAACUUUGAUGAARAGUGUCAAUGAUAUUAUGCCUAUGAUUGGAGCAAGGUUUUACACGCAGUUGGARGCAGCACAAGUCAARUGYGAUGURCUUGAAGGAGAACUUGCUAAAGAAAUGGAAAAUGGACGAAUUCUUAGGAUUCUAUCAAAACUAGGAACUAUAAAUGAGAGGCCAGAGCUUGGUAUGGACCACAAUUGGUCAGAGACUGGAGAUCGGUAUCUUCUCAAGCUGUUCAGAGAUUAUCUUUUCCACAGUGUCACAGACAAUGGUAGUCCUACUGUYGACUUGUCUCACAUCGUCACAUGUCUAAACAAGCUGGAUUCAGGAACAACAGAAAAGGUGUGUCUAAUGUCAAGGGAUGAGCARUCUGUUCUAGUUGUCUCGUAUCGGGACCUUCGGAACUGCUUUGAAGGCGCAUUCAAUGAGAUUUUGGCCGCCUCGUUGUCGUAACCAUAACCCUUGGUGAGGUAUCUCUGUAUAUACACUACUCACGCAUGAACAUCAACUUCGCAGAAAAUCAUGGAUGCUUUUUAUCAGAAUAUAUGUAGUUAUAUCUUGUAAAUUGUAUAAAACAUCAGACACAUUGGAAAAUACCUUUUUAAAAUCAGUAAACUACAUUAAGGCUAUCUUUUGUAUGUGAAUAUGGUUUCUUACAUUAACUUUGUAAGAACAUCUCUCUGUAAGUUGUAAAGCGUGUAUCAGAUAAUGAGGUUUUUGGCAAAGGGUUGUCUCAGGCCAAUGUGACCUCAGUAAAAUGAGUUACUUUUUUCGUACAUUGAUAAGUUAUUUAGAGCUAUGUAAUAUUUAGAAAUAUUUGAGAUAUAUUAAUAAUUGAAAACUAAUUGAUAUGUACUAAUAUAAUAUUUCAUAGUUUACGUAAUUCUUCAGUCAACGUUAUUACUUUCAUGGGRUCUAUAUAUAAACUUAUAAAUUUGUCUUGAAAAGCUUGCCUUUACUAGCAAUAACAUAGUAUUUGUGCAAAUCUAAAUAUUGAUAAUGAAAAAUUAAUAUUUUUACUCUUGAAUAUUCUUAGACAUGAUUCUAAGAUUGAAAAUUCUACGCUAUUUAGACAUUUAAAUACUCUAUACAGCAUGAUAUUCUUGAUUCGAUUGAAGUGUCAAAUACGCUCUUUAUCAAUUAUGACUCGGUGUAUAUUUUUCUGUCAUGAGAAACAUUUCAACUUGAAAUGAAAUGAACAAUUAAUUCAAAAAAUCACUCUACAAAACAUUACACAAGCCUGAGCAAAAUCGCAUAUAAUAUUACAUGUGCAGUUUUUGUCCUUAUAAAAGCAAGUCUGACUUGUUACCAUUCACCGUUGGACUUUCUCGAAUAUCUAAACGCGGAACAAAACAUAUAUAACUAUCUCCUAAGAGACGAGAAAAAUCGAAAAACUAUGUAAGGAUGACUUGKGGAUGAAAACGUUGACAUACAUCUUGGAGCGGUUUACGUUCUAGUUUUCAAACUAUAUUUAUAUAUUUCAUUCCAUAAAAUAUUUGCAAAAGUUGUUGUCAUGUUGUAACCUUCCUUUAGCGUUCUGUUUUGUUUUUGUUUUGUUUUCUCUUUGUUUUUUUGUUUUGUUUUGUUUUUUUUCUAUCGUAAAAGUUAUUGUGUUGAUGGGCAAAACACCUCUUUUUCGGUUAGUUCUUAUAUUUUUUAUUGUAUUUGAGAUUUUUUGUUYGUCUUUGAUGAAAUAAUCUACGACCUUUUUUCUAAACUUUUCUUCAAGUUGUUCUUCAUUUAACAUGUUUAACGGACAAUCGUAUGUACCAGAAAGUAAAAGUGUAUUUAUUUUCGUUGCAUUUAUUAAUUUAUCUGAAUUUAGAGUAUUGCCUUCUGUACUUCAAAGGGAGUAAUGAUGAUUUGAGCGAGUGGUAUAUAAAGUUAGCACAAAGCUUAGCUUCUUCCAAUCAAGCUUUUAGAAAAAUAGAGAGUUUUAGCAUCACGUUGACGGCAAACGGAAGAGCUGAACCAAUGACCUAAGAAUUUCGUGCCUGACCUUG